CGUCUUUUGCCAGAUCUGUAGUUGACGCCAGCACAGAUGCGGUGUGUUUUAUCAUAUUCGAUUCAGUGCGUUUCAUACUCGCCAGACCCAGACCCAGAUCCAGUAUGUUUUUGGGCCUUAGAGAGAAAUUCCGCAACAUUUUAUCCAAUUGCAGGGGUUCUUUUAUAUGAACCACACCAUUGCCAUUCAUAUACCAGUCGUGGUGCAUUGGUUGGAAAGAAAGAGCCCAAUGGGCCCACUAACGUGGAUCGAUCCCAGACUGACCGCACAUCAGGAAAGCGCUUUACUUUACGUCCCAUCCAUGCACCACUGUGAAAUACAUUACGAUGAUGUUGCCACCUUUGUACCACGGUUCACAGUGGGGAAUAGUACACGCAGAGGAGGGACAGAGACGGGAAUGGCAAGCGUAUCUCAUAUAUUAUACUAUUUCUCAUUUAUAAACAGUGCAGUGUCACCAACGGCCUUUGAUGUACAAGAGCGGAAAGACCCCGAUCGAGUCUACUGUGGGGGAUCGACCCCACACACACACACACUGCCACCACCACCAAGCGCAGAAUAGCGCUGCUCAGCCAUCCACAUCACUGUUGACAGAAAGGCACUAUUUGGGGACUUCUCACGCAGCGCUGAGCUUGUACAACGCGACUUUGUACACGCACGUGCAUGUUCAUAAUGCCUCACUGUGAGCGGUCAUUCGUAGUCACUGGUGUGCAGCGAUCGAAUAAACAUGGGUCAAAUAAGAAAUAUUCGCCACAAAUGGAUAAUUGUUUUGGUAUUAUUGGUGAUUGGUGUCUACAUUUUUGUGUUGGUAAACGACUUACAGUCUGUUCGGAAAAUCGUGGUCAGCAGAUUUGAAAGUACCAUGGUUGAUAAAACGUUUCCCAAAACGAUCACUUAUACGUCGGGAAGAGAAGAUGAAAACCAGCAGGCGGCAAACUUCCCUACCGACGAACAUCUAGAAUUUGAGAGAUUCUUCAUCAAUGUGUCGAGGUCGCAUAGCCUUUCACUGCACAGGGUCAUUCCAGACACGAGGCCGUACGAGUGCAGGAAAAUAAAUAUAACAUCGUCUGCUUUACCAACUGUUUCGGUGGUGAUCCCAAUGCACGACGAGCCUUGGUCGACACUUCUUCGUACAGUUCACAGCGUGCUGUCGCGAAGCCCACCAGGACUCCUCCACGAGAUCAUAGUCAUUGAUGAUACGAGUUCCUUGGAAUUUCUCAAAUCGCCGCUGGAGAAUUAUUUACAAAAGUUUAAAAAGGUGAAAAUUAUUAGAUCUGCUGAGCGUCUUGGGACGAUGAAGUCGCGUGUUUUGGGUGCAGAGAGAGCAGAGGGACAGGUGUUGGUUUAUCUCGACUCGCACACUGAAGUAAACGAGGGAUGGCUCGAACCCAUCGCCUGGGAGAUCUACAAAGACGCUAGAACUGUUGUGCAACCAGCCAUUGACAUCAUCGACCCCAUAACGUUCGACUACCGAAAGUACAUGGAGAAUAUGCGCGGGGAAUUCGAAUGGACUCUAGGAUACACUUUCUCCCCAAUCCCACAAGAUGAGCUCCUUAAACGAAACCCGUCUGACCCUAUUGCCACGCCAGCCAUUAUUGGAUGCUGUUUUGCAGUGGAUAAAACAUAUUUCUUAGAUAUUGGGGGCCUUGAUGUGGACAUGAAGACGUGGGGCGCUGAGGAUGUGGAACUUUCUCUCAGAGUUUGGAUGUGUGGCGGAAAAAUGAAAAUUUUGGAAUGUUCGCGAGUUGGACAUAUAUUCAAAACUGGACAUCCAUUUAAAAUGACCUACGAUGAUUUAUUAUACAAUGAAAAACGCAUUGCUGACUUGUGGUUGGGCGAAUAUAAAAAGUUUUUCUAUGCUGUCCACCAGAGACGCGUGUCUCCCAAUGGAGACGCCGGGGACUACUCACGAAUAAGGGCAAUACAACAAAAGCUCCAAUGCAAUGACUUUUCGUGGUACAUCCGGAACGUAUUCCCGGAACUUGAAACCUUUCCAAACACUACAGUAAAAUUUGGGAAGAUGAAAAAUAAGGCGAGUUCACUGUGUGUUGGCGUCGCCGAUAAACCGGCGUCGAGCCCUUUUGAAAUGGUAGACUGCUGGGGUCGUGCAGCACUCAGCAUAGCUGUAUCAAGUGAAGGUAAAAUGACCGUGAAAGAUGAAUGUGUGUCUGUAAGAAAUAUGUAUCUAGUGUUGGAUGUUUGCACGGAGAAGGAUGUGAAUCAACAGUGGAGUAUCAAUGAAAAACAGCAGGUCGUGUGGUUUGAUGUCAACCACUGUGUGAUGCAUGUCAGUGACCCAGACCCUUCCACGGGCUACCGCCAGACAGCCAUGAUAAUGCCGUGCACGCAGAAAAACGAACUUGAACCAUUUACCGCGUGGACAUUCACCUACGAUAUAGACUUUAUACAAUAAAGUUGUGUAAAUUUGGAA